GAGCCAGUAAAAAUCCGAUAAAAUCCAAAAGCCAAUAACUACGUUAGUAGUAAAUAGCGUUUUGGUGUGUACAAGCCUAUUAUAUUUUGCAAGUAAUCAAAUUGAAUUUAUUGUUUCUUCGUGAGUUUGACCUCACUGGACGGAAGUGACGUCAUGGCGCACAUUCGGCGCUCGGUCCGUUAGGAAGGAAGUGCCGUGUAGACAGUUCGGCUAACUCCGUAAUAAAAGAAAAAAAUAGAAAACAAACACACACAAGGAAGGAAAAAUAAUUAGAUUUCUGCAAUCGGGUGGUUUCGGAAAGACUUCACGAACUAUCCCGACAGAAGCAAAUCCCCGGCGGGCGAAGCAAAAGUCUUCAGAGCUGGUAAUCGGUCUUUAUUUGUUACUUUAAAGCUUGUUUUUGACUGUUGAUGUAAGCCACUGGCGCUGCUGUCGCCCGAUCGCCGACGGUCAUGUACCGGAAGUCUGCAUAAAACCGCCUCGAUCCCAACGUCGACGUUUUUUUCCUUCACUUGUUCUGUUUUUUUUCUUUUGUCGCCUUUCCUCUUGUUUUACCGGACAUGAUGAACAGAGCCAAUGCAUGGGUCACGUCAUACUAUGGGUGAUGGAAGAUUCCCAUUUUAACUCCUCAUACUUCUGGUCUCCUGUGCAGGGACAGGUAAAGGAGCAGUUGGGUCAAGAUAAAAGCCCCACCUACUCACAUGGUCCCGCCCACUACCCAGCCACAGCAGUUGUGGCAGUUGCUGGGGGUGCCAUGGAUACAGUAGGAGGAAGAACGCUAAAACAGGAGCAGACACAGCCAUCCCAUUCCUCACACAGUAUCACAGUAGUGCCGGUACCAACGACGGGCAUCAUGACUGCAGCGGGUUUGGUCACUUUGGUGUCUCCGGUGUCCUCUGCUCAGUCCUUUAUUCCUGGACAUGCAUCCACCACUAUGAUAACAGUACAGACAGACAAGAAAAAUGAAUCGGUUUCAGGCUCACCGGUUAUCAUACCAAUACCGGGGAAAAGGGGCAGGAAGAAGAAAUCCAAUCUCCCCUUAGUUGGCUUCACUCAGGGGUCAGACCCUUUAAUUUUGGGCCUUGCAGGACAGCAUCAUUCUGCCAACCUCUUCAGUCUCUUUCCAGAAGAUGGGAAUUCUGGGAAGGAGGGUGGGAAAACAUACAGGUGCCGGAUGUGUGGUUUGACGUUUUGCAGUAAGUCAGACAUGCAGCUGCACUCCAAGUCGCACACGGAGGCGAAAGCUCACCAGUGUCCGCACUGCUCCAAAUCCUUCGCUAACACCAGCUACCUGGCCCAGCACAUCCGCAUCCACAGCGGUGCCAAGCCCUACACCUGCUCCUACUGCCAGAAGGCUUUCAGACAGCUCAGUCACUUACAGCAGCACACACGAAACCACACAGAAACCAAACCUCAUAAGUGUCCUCAUUGCUCAAAAUCAUUUGCCAACACAAGUUAUCUUGCUCAGCACGUACGAAUACACACAGGAGUAAAACCUUACACAUGUAACUACUGCCAGAAGACCUUCAGACAACUCAGUCACUUACAGCAACAUCACAGGAUCCACACAGGAGACAGGCCAUACAAAUGUACACAACCAGGGUGUGAGAAGUCUUUUACUCAGCUCUCAAACCUUCAGUCUCAUCGGCGUCAGCACAACAAGGACAAACCGUACAAAUGUCACCACUGUAACCGUGGCUACGUAGACCCGGCCAGCCUUGAAGUUCAUCUGUCCACUCACACGGUCAAGCACGCUAAGCUCUACUCUUGUGGUCUAUGCAAUCGCACUUAUACCUCGGAGACGUAUCUGAUGAAACACAUGCGUAAACACGCCUCCGAUCUGGUUCAAGAUCCACUUGGGUCAAACCAAGCAGGUCACAGCCCCGGCCGCGUUGGCGGAGAAGGAUCAGACGGAGAAACGCAGAGCCGAGCUGAGAGGAGCGACAGCUUCACCUCUUCGACUGGUUUGCCAUGUGUGUUUGACAUAAACCAGUUCAAAUCAGUGACUUCUACAGAUGCGCAGUAUAAAACUGUCAGCGUGUCUGAUAUCUCCCCUCACAAAGACCUCUGCAUUACUGUAGAGGCAUCGGCUAUACAGGUGGAACACCUGAACUCGUGAGAAGUCCUUCAGAGCGAGGGAUGAAACUUUGGAGAAACUAUUGAAAUUGACAUUUUUACAGAGCUGUGGAUAUAAAAAGUUUUCCUUACUCAAUGCCUUUCGUAAUUGUAUGAUGCUCCACGUAUGGAUGAGGACUUCAAUGAAAGUGAAGGAAUCGCACGAUAGACUUUUGUACUUUUUUGCUUUCCAUUUUUUUAAAACAUUUACGCAAUCUUGAUCUUCCUUUAAGACUAUGGCUAUUUUCAUUGGCUACAUAUGUGCUUAAUAAGUAUAUAUCACAGUUUUUCAGAACAUGUGUGGUUUAUUCCGAUCUGCAUCUGUAGAUGUUGGUGGAAUUGCUGCAUCUUCAACAUUAUUAUUGUUACUGUCAAGGUAAAUUAAAAUAUUCUGUCUUUUUUUGGUUAAAAAGUGAAUUUGCAUACAUUUGUAUUGAGCAGAAAAGCACGUAUAUAUGAUUCUCAAGUGUAUUGUGUGUGAGUAAAGAUAGACAAAAAUAA